AAGUAAAAACUUGGUAAUGUGACAUUGUCAUGUGUCACGGCUAUAAAAGACAGUCGGUCUUGCCUCUAUUUUUAAAGUCUCACAUAACUAAACAAAAACAAAUCCAUAAAUUUCAAAUCAUGGUUCUCCAAGACCCUGAAUCACAGGUCGACAAAACUGUUCCUGAUGCUUGGGACUACAAAGGCCGGCCAGCCGCCCGUUCCACCACGGGCGGCUGGACCAGUGCUGCCAUGAUUCUAGGGGUUGAGGCGUGCGAAAGGCUAGCGACGUUAGGAAUCGCCGUUAAUAUGGUGACAUACUUGACUGGGACCAUGCAUAUAGGAAAUGCUAACGCUGCUAACGACGUUACUAACUUCAUGGGUACCUCGUUCAUGCUAUGUCUCCUUGGCGGCUUCCUUGCUGACACUUUUCUCGGUCGGUAUCUUACUAUUGCAAUAUUCACGGCGAUUCAAGCAUUGGGGGUGACAAUCUUAACGAUCUCAACUGCCAUUCCAAGCUUACAACCACCAAAAUGCACCCAAACCGGGGACAACUGCGUCCCGGCCAACGAUCUUCAACUAGCCAUCCUAUACCUCGCGCUCUACCUAACCGCUCUAGGAACCGGAGGACUCAAAUCCAGCGUAUCAGGUUUCGGGUCAGACCAAUUCGACGAAUCUAACAAAGAAGAAAAGUCGCGAAUGACCGCUUUCUUCAACUGGUUCUUUUUCUUCAUAAGCAUCGGGUCACUAGCCGCGGUUACGGUUCUAGUAUACAUCCAAGACAACCUUGGGCGACGAUGGGGGUAUGGGAUCGUGGCGUGUUGUAUCAUGUUGGGGUUCGUGAUCUUCUUGUCGGGUACCCGAAGGUACCGGUUCAAGAAGCUUGUGGGUAGUCCGCUAACCCAAAUCGCAUCGGUUUUUAUCGCGGCGUGGAGGAGGAGGCAUUUGGAGCUACCUUCGGAUCCUUCUUUGUUGUGUAAUGUUGAUGAUGUUCAGGUGGCUGAAGAUCCCCGGAAAUUGAAGCAGAAGUUGCCUCAUAGCAAACAGUUUCGUUUUCUUGACAAGGCAGCAAUCAAGAAGAAUGAAAAAUCUGGUGAAAUUACAAAGAUAAGCAAAUGGCAUCUCUCAACUUUAACAGAUGUUGAAGAAGUCAAGAUGGUGAUCACUAUGCUACCAAUUUGGGCAACCACAAUCAUGUUCUGGACAAUAUAUGCACAAAUGACAACUUUCUCCGUGUCACAAGCCACCACCAUGGACCGACACAUCGGGAAAUCUUUCCUCAUCCCCCCAGCCUCCCUCACCGUCUUCUUCGUAGGCAGCAUUCUCUUAACGGUCCCUGUGUACGACCGAAUUGUAGUCCCCCUCGCCAAACGCUUCCUUAAACACCCACAAGGGCUAAGCCCCCUUCAACGUAUCGGUGUAGGGCUAGUCCUAUCCACAUUUGCCAUGGUUUCAGCCGCGCUAAUCGAGCUCAAGCGGCUGCACGUGGCUCAGUCCCACGGCAUGGUUGAUGACCCCUCGAAGGUGGUUCCACUUAGCGUGUUCUGGUUAAUUCCACAGUUUUUCUUUGUGGGGUCGGGUGAGGCGUUUACUUACAUAGGACAACUUGAUUUCUUCUUAAGGGAGUGUCCCAAAGGGAUGAAGACAAUGAGCACCGGGUUGUUUCUAAGUACGCUUUCGUUGGGGUUCUUUUUUAGCUCGUUGUUGGUGACCAUAGUGCACAAGGUGACCGGCGACAGUGACCCGUGGAUAGCUGAUAACUUGAACAAGGGGAAGCUUUAUAACUUCUAUUGGUUGCUUACAGUUCUAAGUGUUAUUAACAUGGGGUUAUAUUUGUUAGGGGCAAAAUGGUAUGUUUACAGGGAGCAUAGGCUUGCUGGGGGGAGUGUUGAGUUGGAAGAAGAGCAAGUGAAAUGACUUUCUUCUCCCUCACUUAAUUAACUAUUUGUCUAAUAUAGUUACUUUGUAUAACUUGAUGAUGAUGACAACCAAGAUGAUGAAUAAUGGAGUUGUAAAGGUGCACCCACCCAUUAUUAUUUUGUUAGCUUUAAACAAUUGGUGAUCAAAUAUAAAGUUUAUAUGUAUCUUUGUGGUUUGCUUUGUUUUCUUUCUAUCUUUUAGUGAAAUGUCAUUUUCGUCCCUAA